GUCUAGCAGAUGAAAACAGUGCAGGUGGUUUAGAGAAAUGUCAAACUGUUCGAUCUAAACAGGGACCUUAAAGGCCUUUAGAAAGUCAAGUGAAGGGAAUAAAGGGAAUAGGCCCAAUUCCACAGAAGAUUCAAAAUGGAUAAUCGGACUCAUAUGUACGCCCUAAAGAUCGUGUUAAUCUGUUUAUUAUGGUACAUGUGUAGUUCAUGUGACAACAUUAUAGGAAAAGUGAUUCUGAAUGAUUUUCCAUAUCCCAUGACAAUAACAAUGGCCUAUUUAGUGACUCUGUCUAUAGGAUUGGAACCAUUUUUAAGAUAUAUGAAUAUUCCAUCAGCUGUCGAAAUACCUAAAAAAUACUAUUUAACAAUGAUUAUCCCCCUUGCUUUGGGAAAAUUUCUGUCAUCGCUGUCAUCGUUUAUUAGCAUAUGGAAAUCUUCCGUUUCGUACGCACAUACAGUGAAAGCUACUUUACCUCUCUUUACUGUGGUUUUAUCAAGAGUUUUAUUAAAUGAAAAACAGACAUUACCUGUGUAUUUAUCUAUUUUACCUAUUAUUGGUGGAGUUAUUAUCGCCACGGUAACAGAAAUAAACUUUGAUAUGAUUGGUUUAUACAGUGCAGUAUUUGCUACAACAUGUUUCUCAUUACAAGUUAUAUUUUCAAAAAUGUGUUUACGACAAACUGGUAUACAUCAUUUACGUCUGCUAGUCUUAUGUUCGCGUAUCGCAGCUCUACUAUUUAUACCAAUCUGGUUAAUAUUUGACUUUAGAAAAAUUAUACACGAUACAGACUUCAUGGAGAGUGGUCGUAUAUGGGAAACAUUGUCUCUUAUAUUCUGUGAUUCUAUAUUCAACGCAUUACACAACGUCUUCGCAUUUACACUUCUCUCCAUGGUGAUGCCACUUAGUUACGCUGUUGCUAACGCUACAAAGAGAAUCGUGAUUAUAUCUAGUUCCUUGAUUAUUCUACAGAAUCCUGUUUCCCCAAUGAACAUUGUUGGAAUGUUGGUGGCCAUAUUUGGAGUUUUAUGUUACAAUAAGACUAAGUACGAUCAAAAUCAGGCCUUAAAGAAAGAGAUGUUGAUCCCUUUAAUACAACAAGACAUCACAGUACCAUCAAAACAUAGCAAUCUCUAUAGCAACGGACAUUUACCACAAAAUGGACAUAUUUUAUUACGUGAAUGGCAUAAUACAGACAUGGUGACAUUAAUACCAGUUUCCGAACAUACAGACUUUAAUUUACCACAUAAUCAAAAUAAUUCAGCUAGUCAUCGCAGUAUACAACAGAGAAAUAUAUCAGAUAUUUAUACAGUUUAAAUCAUAUACUAGUCUACAGACCAUUCCUGAAUAGAUUAUUACACAGAACUUACAGAUCAUAUACCACUCUAGAGGUUUAUAAUUCAACCAAGUAUAGGAUACAGUUAAAAUACAGUUUAAAUCAUAUACCAGUCAUCAGACCAUUCUUGUAUAGAUUACAACACAGAUUUUACAGAUCCUAUACCACUCAGGCAUUCAUCAAAAUGCAGAUGUGAGGUCAUCCUCUGGUGUUGGUGUACCAUUAUUUCAAAUAAUGUAUGAGCAUCCGACCAAUUGUACAUUAAAAAUAAAUACACUUAUAUGGAUAUACUUCUUCUGAAUUUUAUUAACAUGAUACUCAUACAGGUAUG